UCUAAUAUCCGUAAGGGGAAUUCGGCUUCUGCUUUCGGAGUUCGCGUUUCAGCUUGUUGAUGGCUCAACUGUUCGAGCAUAAGCUACCCGACUAUAUUUUCACAGAAAAGCUUGGGCAGGGAACAUAUGCUACAGUCUACAAAGCGUACAACAAGACUGGUGCGAGGCAAGUCGUGGCUAUCAAAUGCAUUAGCAAGAGCUCCCUUACCAAAUCUGCCACUGAAAAUCUGCUAACCGAGAUUGCGAUUCUGAAGAAAAUUAAGAACGAACACAUUGUGGACCUCAUUGAUUUCCAAUGGAACAGUGGUUUCAUAUACCUUAUAAUGGAGUACUGCUCGGGAGGAGAUCUUCAUCGCUAUAUCAGAGUUCACAAAAGGCUUCGAGAACUUGUGGUUCGAAAAUUCCUGCAACAGCUCGCAAAGGCCUUGCAAGUAUUGCAGCACCACAAUAUUGCGCACAUGGAUCUCAAGCCACAAAACAUAUUGUUAUCUUCCAUGAGAAAUCCGGUUCUGAAAUUAGCAGACUUUGGCUUUGCCCAGUAUUUACACGAAGGUGAUCGAGCAAGCAGCCUGAGAGGCUCGCCGCUGUACAUGGCACCCGAAAUGCUUCUUAGUAACCACUAUGAUCACAAGGUUGACCUGUGGUCUGUUGGUAUUAUUAUGUAUGAGUGUCUCUUCGGCAGCGCACCAUAUGCUUCUCCGACUUUCAAGGAAGUUGCUGACAAAAUCAAAACGGACAAACCUAUUGAGCUUCCCCUUGGAGCUGCCAUAUCUGACACAUGUCGCGACCUACUCCUGAGCUUGCUGCAGAGGAAUCCGGAAAAACGAAUUGGAUUUGAGGAGUUCUUCUCGCACCCCUUUGUGGACCUUGAGCACUUACCAUCAAGGGAAUCCUUCGAGAAAGGGGUUGGGCUGGUACAUAAGGCCAUAGCAGCGGACAGCAGCGGCAAGUACCGAGAAGCUCUACAACUGUACUGUCAGGCACUUCAGUAUCUGCUUCCAGUACUGCAUGAUGAAACAGACAUGGAGAAGUGGAAGUCAUUACAGGCUAAGAUCAGCGAAUAUCUCCAGCGAGCCGAAGUUCUCAAGUCGAUUUUGAAAUCCAAAGAGCCAAUUGUCAUCGACGACGACAUAAACGACUGCAACGAUUUUGAGGAUAUCUGCGAAAGAUACCCACCACUGAGAAAUGCACUCCUGCUUGUAAAUGCUGCAAAAAAACUGGCUUUUGCAAACAGGAUGCAGCAAGCACUGAAAACAUAUCAAGAUGCACUUGACAUUGCCAUUCCAUUCAUGCCUAAUUGCAAGCCAGAAGAACGGGAAAUUUUGAGAAGAGAGGCUGAGAAAUGGCUCGAGGCUGCCGAACUUGUCAAGUCAUACAUGGCAAUGCAGAGGUUUGAGGAUGUCAGCUCCACACAAAUGCGAACAGAGUCUUCGUGCUCAAUUCAGUGACAUCACGUGUGGGUUUCUGCAGUCGUUCGUGAUCUAUUUAUUUUUGUGGCACCCAUUUUGAACUUUGUGACAGUCACUGGGUCGUUUGAAUCAUACCUGUAAAAAGGAAAAUAUCCCAGUUAUGGCAAAUAGCUGUUAUUCAUAAUUCAUUGUGGACUCAUUACGACAACAUGCAAUAUGUUAACAUCCACACUGAAGCAUUUGUGAAUAUAGCUGAAGGUAAAAAAUAUUACAUGUUGUAUUUUUCUGGUCACUGCCUGUGUAGGCAAGUCACUGUGUUUGUUUUUCUGUAAAAACUUGUUAUAGCUAGUGUGAUGCCUGUUGUCUUGGAGAUGUGUUAUGUUGUAAAUAUAACACUGUUGUUAUGCUCAACAUA